AUCAUUUUGUUGUUGUAGCCUUUGAUAAGAACAAGAUUUUAAAAAGAGAGAGGCAUGGCGUGAAGAAGACGAUCUUGGCGGAACAAUUCAUUCCUUAUUUUUCCUCUCCACCGCUUUUCUUAAAUAAGAUAUGUGCCGCCAAGAUUCUCGUGUGCGUUUAUCUGCCGAAGAAGAAAUGGAAGCCGAAGAAAGCCUCUCAAUUUACUGCAAACCCGUUGAGCUCUACAACAUUCUUCAACGCCGCGCUAUACGAAACCCUUCGUUUCUGCAGAGAUGUUUGCGUUACAAAAUACAGGCGAAACACAAAAGGAGAAUACAAAUGACGAUUUUGCUAUCGGCGACUGUGAAUGAAGUUUUAAAGAGUCAGAAUCUGUCUCCUAUUUGCAUUUUUUUGGCCAGAUUAGUUUCUAAUGUUGAGUAUUUGGCCAUAUACCGAUUUAGUCGAGGAUGCGUAUUGGAUAGUUCUGCUGGAGUUGAGGGGAGUACUCAAAUUCAAGCUCAUUUUAUACUUCCCGAGAUUAAUAAGCUAGCGCUGGAGGCCAAAUCCGGCUCACUUGCCAUCUUGCUUGUCAGCUGGGUUGGAGUUGAAAUCCCUUUGGGAACUAAUUUGUCGAAGGGUUCUUUGGAUCCCAAUCUUUUACCAUCAACUAGUGGGGGAUACUGCUUUUGGGGCAAGAUUCCAUUGGAAUCACUUUAUAUGUCAUGGGAGAAUUCUCAAAACUUUAGUUUGGGGCAGAGGGCUGAAAUUAUGACAACUGUAAACAUGAAUUCUUGUUUCUCGAAGUUGAGCUGUUUGAAUGAGGACAAAUGCAUCUCGGUUCAACUUCCCUCUAAUCCUGAAACAGUGACUACAUUGCAGCAGGUCCAAGUAACCAUUUCUGCAGAAGAGAUGGGAGCCAAGGAGAAAUCUCCUUAUAAUUCAUACAUAUGCGGUGACAUUCCUUCUUCAUCAUUGUCUCAUAUUAUUCGGUUAAGGGCAGGAAAUGUCAUUUUUAAUUAUCGGUACUACAACAAUAAGCUGCAGAGGACAGAAGUUACCGAGGACUUUUCUUGCCCAUUCUGCUUGGUAAAAUGUGCUAGCUUUAAGGGUCUAAGAUAUCACUUGUCUUCAUCACAUGAUCUCUUCAACUUUGAGUUUUGGGUGACUGAAGAGUAUCAGGCUGUAAAUGUGUCUGUGAAAACUGAUACCUGGAGAUCUGAGGCUGUUGCGGAUGGUGUUGAUCCUAAGCAACAAACGUUCUCCUUUUGCUCAAAGCCACUUAGACGCAGAAGACCUAAGAACCUGGUUCAAAAUGCAAAGCAUGUACAUCCACUUGUCUUAGAGUCAGAAUUGCCAUCAGGAGUCUGUGAACUUCAAGACAAGGCUGACGAUGCUCAUUCUAGCAAAGGGGUUUCAAGUGCUACACCACAAUCAUAUGCUGAUCCCGAUUGUGUUCAAUCAAUAUCAGGGAGCAAUCUUGCACCCUCUACCAUGCUAGCUUUUGCAAAGACAAGAAAAUUAUCUAUUGAACGUUCUGAUCCUAGAAACUGUGCCCUCUUGCGGAAGCGACAGUUCUUUCACUCACAUAGAGCUCAGCCAAUGGCACCGGAGCAAGUAUUAUCAGAACGGGAUAGUGAGGAUGAAGUUGAUGAUGACGUUGCAGAUUUUGAAGAUCGAAGGAUGCUUGAUGAUUUUGUUGAUGUGACCAAGGAUGAGAAGCUAAUGAUGCAUAUGUGGAACUCGUUUGUGAGGAAGCAACGGGUGCUAGCAGAUGGUCAUAUUCCUUGGGCAUGUGAGGCCUUUUCAAGAUUGCAUGGACCUGACCUUGUCCGUAACUCUGCCUUGAUCAAGUGUUGGAGAUUAUUCAUGAUCAAGCUGUGGAAUCAUGGUCUCCUUGAUGCGCGCACAAUGAACAAUUGUAAUGUUUUUCUUGAACAAUGCCAAAGCCAGGAUUUAUGUCCUAAAAGCUGAAGAGAUGAAUUACAUUCAAGCAAGUACGAGAUGCUCCCUCACUUGUGUUGUAAUCUUGAUCACUACAUUUGUAGCAUCUUCUUCAUUUUCAUUUUUGGGCCAUAAGCCUACCCGGCUAUUGUAUUAUUCUUGUAAUGAUAUAGAUCAUAGAUGGCACAUGUCAUCAGACCAAAAGAAAAUGUGCCUUGUAUAAUUCAAACGAUAAAGGAAUAAUUUUUUCCCCAUCAUGUAAGACUAACUUAUUAAUUGAGGCUUAUUUAGCCUUGUAGCACUUGUUAGUUCAGCCUUGAGCCUUGUAGCUCAACUGACAUCUCAACAUUUAGUGUUCAAAUUCUCUCUCA